AUGUAUCCCAAAAACCAACUCGCGAACACGCUUGUCGUUUCUUUGGCUCAUGCCGUUGUCGGUGGGCUCGUGCACUACCCACCCAACAUCACGAACAUCAACAGUAUCGAGUUCGUAUUGAACGGGACUGGCGCGCCUGGCAUAUACAACUCGUCUGCGACCCCUGAUGAUAUUUAUGGCGAGUACAACUGGUGCAACAUGCCUCAUGUUCGCAUGAAGGAGUAUACGGCUCCUUCCAACGAGUUCACUCUGGAGUAUGUGGAGGUCAUUCACAGACACCAUAAACGUACACCAUACGCCAGCAACACUUUCUUCGCAGAAGAUAUUCCUUGGAGCUGUGAUGAGGCAGGUCCUGUUUACUAUGGGACGGCCAAGACUCCCAAGGGAGCUCGUGAUGUAUCCGUGAUUCAGUGGCAAGCUGCGUACAACGACGCUAACCCCUUCACCACGUCCAUCGGACCAGGAUUUGCGAACUCCACAUGUCAGUUUCCUCAAGAGUCAGCAGGUGGUGUGGACGACUCGCACACGCACGGGGCAGACCUCCGCUCGGUUUACGCGCCACUCCUUGGGCUCUCAUCCUCCAUUGACUAUGAGACGGUCGCCAUCCGUGUCACGAACAACGUGAUCACCUCUCAAGUCGCUGGCGGUGUCGUUGCCGGUCUCUUCCCAGACACCGUUGGAACCCCUGUUCAGGUUCUGAUCCAGUCCGACAGCUUCGACUCUCUGGAACCGGCUUAUUCUUGCCCUAACUCUGUUACGAUCAUGACGGACUACAAAACGGAUAAUACAAGCUGGACGGGACAUUUGACGGCGGCGGCGGGACUUUAUGAGAAGUUAGAUGCUGUGAGCGGGAUUGAGACCAACGAUACGGCCGAUUGGCAUACCAGUUUCGACCACUACUACGACAACAUGAGCGCGAAGCAGUGUCACGACAAGACCCUUCCCUGUUCCGUGAACGACACCUCCCUCUGCGUAACACAAGACGAAGCCGAUACCGUCUACAGGCUCGGGAAUUGGGAGUACUCGUACUACUACAGGGACGCACAGAACUCAACGCUUUAUUCGGCGUUGCACUAUGGGGCCUGGAUCUUAGAGCUGAAGGGCCACCUAGAGGCAAAGAUCGCGGGUGGACAGAUGAAGUACUUCCAUAAUGUGGCCCACGACGAGUCCAUGAGUUGUUUGCUUGGGUUCUUCCAGAUCUCGAAGAUGGUCUGGCCGGGGAUGGGCUCUGAGAUUGUGUUCGAACUAUACAAGAAGAAUUCCAUACACGACCACUAUGCAAGUACGGAUGGCUGGUACCUCCGUGUCCUAUGGGGCGGGGAGCCAAUGCAGACUUCCACCCCUUUGGGUACUCUCGACAUGAUUCCCGUAGACUCUGUACUCGAUUAUAUCGAGAGUUACAUCGGGACGAGCUCAGAUCUUUACGCUGCAUGCACCAGUUAAAUAUGGGGAGCUUUUCGUGCUAAUUUGCACAUCAUUUGUUUCUUUCUGUUACGCGUUCUUGUGGGAC